AGCAGGGCUCAGACUCACGGAGCGCGGAGUUCGUGUUGACUGUUGGAUGUGUAGUACCACAGGGAGGCUGCCGCUAUUCUGCUUUCCACCUCAACAGGACGAUCACCUUAGCUUGCACCUUAGCAGAAGAUAUCAGAAGAUUCUCACCGUUAGGAUUGUCGUAGUGCACUUCCAAAAGUAAGGAACUGAGAAGCUGUCUGCCACAAUGUUCAAGAAAAAUAAAACGAAGAACAGCGUGAACAUUACGCAGAAAAAAACGGCCAGCACUGAGCUCACUGCCCUGAUUGAGAAGCUGCAGAAGAAUGCUGACAAGGUGGAAAAGAACAUCUACGACACUGAGCAGAACUUGACCAAAGAUGUGAAUAAGAUCAAUGAGGGGAAGCCGCCCCUGUAUCAGGAAGACACCAACAAGAAAAUCCUCAACUCUCUGGAGCUUCUUAGGGGGCUGGAGGAGGACGCCGCCAACGCCAAGCGACUUCAACACCCCCAGGCUGAGAUGAUUGAGCAAGAUAUGAAGCAGCUUCGCGAUCGAGUGAUGAAACUCAGAGAGGAGCAUGACAGGAUUUACAACAUAACACGCUCCGAAGGUCUCCCCAGCAUCGAAGGACUCUGGGGCAACAUCAUCGAUGAGAAGCAGGCAACCCUCAAUAAGCAAGGAUUUGGGGAGGACUUGCCCACAGUUGAAAAUCAGAUGGAGGAACACAACAUUUUCCACAGUGAAGUGGAGGCUCUGGCACCACACAUAGCAGACGGUGACAAGGAUUACGGCAGUAACUUGCCAAUGAGGUACAACAAACUCCUGGCCAGCUCCAGCAUGCGGCAGAAGGACCUGCACAGCCUAAGGGACUUCAUGCAGCGUUGUACCAAUGAGCUCUACUGGAUGGACCAACAGGGCCGUGAGCGCAUGAGUUACGACUGGAGUGACACCAACCUGGAUUACCCUGCCCGACAACGGCAGUACGAGAGCUUCAUCACCAAAAGUCUGGAAGCAAAAGAGGAAACCAUAACCAAACUGAAUGAUGAUGCGGACAGGCUGCUGCAGUCAAACCAUCCGGGGAAAAACGUCAUCCAGGCCCACAUGGAAGCGGUACAUGCAGACUGGAAGGAGUACCUGAAUCUGCUUAUAUGUGAGGAAAACCAUCUCAAGCACAUGGAAGAGUACCACAAAUAUCACAAGGAAGCCAGGGACACCCAGGACUUGCAGAAGAGACUGGACACUGAGAUAAACCAGAAGUACAAUCCUGAUUUUAAAGACAUGUAUCAGAUGGAGGGACUGAUUUCUGACCUGGAUGACCAGGCGAAAGCUAUGGAUCACUAUGAUGCCCGUGUGAGGGCCCUGCAGAAGCGAAGCCAGCAGGUUCUGCCUCUGAAGUUCCGCAGAGAGACACCCAACACGCUGCUCCCAGUGGAGGCACUGUGUGACUAUGAUGCAGAUGGGGGACAGAUCCUUCGUGGAGAGAAGUACACCCUUCUCAAAAACAAUGGGAUAAAAUGGGACAUCAAAGAUUCCACAGGGAGUCGAGUGACUGCCCCUGCAGUGUGCUUCAUGAUCCCCCCAACUGAUCCUGAGGCCGUCUCCAUUUCUGAGAACCUUGCUAACCAGCAGAAAAGCAUCAAGCAGAAGGUCUCUAACUCCAAAGGCAAGCUUGUCCAACGACUGGAGGGCCUCAGGAAAGAAAGCAGUGGGAAUGAUAAGCAGGAACAGCAGUGUCGUCAGCUGAUGGCAGGCCUGGAGAAAGUGACCAAUGAUCUAGACAAGCAGGAAAAGGCCAUCUAUGCUCGAGUUCGCCCCCCGCUGGAGCAGAACCGCAUGCUCCAAGACAGCGAGGACAGGCUCCAAGAGCUGAAGGACAUUGAAACUGUUGUUCAGAAAAUAGAGCCAGAGAAGGCUUCCAAAGUUCGGGAAGCUGAGACCUUUUUGGCCACAAACCCAAAUUGUGCCAGUGCCCCUCAGCUGUACAGCAAAGUGGACGGAGCCAACAAAAAAUGUGACAAGGUCAACCAGCUGCUGAAGUACUCAAAGGACAAGCUUCAGAAUUCCAACCAGCUGGAGAACUCUCUGCAGAAUGGGAAGGCUUUGCUAUCCACCUAUGAGAAUAAACUGGCCAGAGAAACAGCUGCACCAUCCAACCCCACCUCAAUGGAUAACACACUGCAGGACCUGGCUGCUAUGUCUUCAGACUUGAGACAGAACAAGCCAAUGAUCUCCAAGGCUGAGCAGAACCUCCAGACAGUGCAGGUCAGCUGUCAGAAUAUGGCCAAUAAGCUGCAGGAACACUGCCCGGACGUUGAGAGACAGGAAGCUGAGGUCCGGAAGCUCAACCAGCGUUAUGACAACCUCAACAGGCAGAUCGACAGCAGGUCUCAAAGUCUUCAAAGAGCCAAAUCUGCCUAUAAUAACUAUCACAAUGAUUAUGACAAUCUGAAUAACUGGCUGUCCCGGGUACCUAACUAUGAGCCAAGGGAAACUGAUGAUCCCAGACAAGUGGAAUCAAAGUUGAAAAACCAAAGGAACCUGUUGUCUGACAUUGCAAGAAAAGAGUCUGAUUUAAACAGUGUGUCAAGAAAUGCUCAACUCUACCAGCAAGCAGUCAAGGAUUAUGAAACAGAAACAGAGACAUUUAAGUCAAUCCUUGAUCUUGAAGAUGGCCUAGUUCCACAGACAUACAAAAGAAGCAGGCUGGAGUCCCCAGCAACUAAAGUAAAGAAUGAGGAAUCUGCAAUUGAAGCCAAGUUUGCUGAAGUAAAUGCUAUAAACAAGCAAAGACUUCAGAACCUUGAAUAUGCACAAAGUGUUCUAAAUCAGCAGCCAGAGGUGGCAGUGGUACAGCAGAAUGUUCAAUCUGUGAGAUCUGCAGCACCAGGAGAGGAGCCCUGGAGAAUUAAAAAGCAACUUGAUGAGGAGACUCAGCGGCGAGAGCAACUGGAGAGAGAACUCCAGAGCAUCCAGAAUGACAUUUAUGUGCUGGAAGGCCAGAAACCACAAGACACCAUAGUCAAGAAGGAGCUGAUCAAGAGAGUUCCUGACCCCCAGCUUGAUGAGGAGAUCCACAAAGUCCAACAGAAGCUAGCUGAGGAGCAGAGAUCAACUUGGACCCUAGAGAGUGAACUGGAGACACUCAAAUAUAAACUACGUGGGAUAGAGACAGAAAAGCGAGAGGAUGCACAGCAGUACACAGUGAAGGAGGUGCUCCGCAUCGAGAAAGACAGGGAGCAAGAGGAGGAGGUUAGGAGGCUGAAGGAUGAGCUGGAGGAGCUUCGAAGGCAGAGGACAGUCAAAGACACCGAGAUCAUUCAAAUUAAAAAGCAAGUCACCCUUCUUGCAGAACAGAAGGCCAUAGAGCAAGAAGUGAUCAAAGAGGAAGAGAUCAUCACUGUGCAAAAUGACCCACAGCUUGAGAGUGAGUAUCGCCUCCUGCUGGACAGGAAACAAAAAGAAAUAAACAGCCGCAAAGAACUUGAAGAUGAACUCAAAUUUCUGCUGGAAAAACUGAGGCGACUGGAGAAGGAAAAAGCCAUGGCUGAGGAGAAGAUUUCCAUCAAAGAGGUAGUGAAGAUGGAAAAAGACAUCACUUUACACAGGGAAGUGGAAAACCUCAGGCGUCAGCAUGAAGAUGAAAAGGCAAAACGUAGGUCUUCUCAAAGAGAGAAAACUGAUCUUCAGAGGAAGAUCCAAAGCUUGGAGGAAGAGAAAUCCAGGGUUGUUAUUCAGGAAAAAAUGCGUGAGAUUGUUCGACCCGACCCAAAGGCUGAAAAUGAGGUAGCUAAUCUCCGUUUUGAACUGGUUGAACAACAACGAAGAUACACUGAGGCAGAGCUCCAGCUGAAAUCUCUCCAAGAUGAACUGAGGAUGUUGAAAAACAGGGGCCCUCAGGUUGAGUACAAGGAAAUCAUCAAAGAGGUCAUCAAAUACAAGAUGGACCCACAGACCGAAAGAGAGCUGGAAAAACUCAGGAAUGAAAUUGUUGACAAAACCCAUGAAACAGAGCGGUGUGAGUUGGAAAUGAGGCAGCUGAGGGAUGAGAUUCAGAGAUGGAAGGACACCAAGCCACAGGUGCAAACUAAAGAGGUUGUGAAUGAGGUUCUUCAGUAUCGUGAAGACCCCAAAACCAAGGAGGAGGUGGAGACACUCAAGAGAAAACUGGCUGAUGAACAGAAGAAGCGUUUGGACCUUGAGAGGGAGAGAUCUGCAAAUGAGGAAAAGAUUCGUCUGAGGAAGAUUGACUUGUCGCAAGUGAGGGAGAAGUAUGUCCAGCAGGAGGUUGUGAAAAUGGAGGAGGACCCGCUUUUGAGGUCUGAAUGUGAAACCUUCUCCAAGAAUAUUAACAAUGAGCAGAGACAGAAGGAGACACUCAAGGAUGAGCUUCAAAGGCUCCAGCGUCAAAAAUCCGACCUGGACCUCCAGCUGCAGGAUUUGGAGCGGGAGCGCAGGGCACGACGGGAUGCAGAGAUGGAAAUUCAGCGACUGAGAGUUCGCCUCAAUGAACUGGAAAUUAGGGAUAGAGAGAACAGGGAGAAGGUGACGGUGAAACAAAAGGUGGUCCUUCAGCAGGAUCCCCAGCAGGAAAAGGAACAUGCCAUUCUCAAGGUGCAGGUAGAAGAGGAGCGGCACAAGCGUAUGCUGCUUGAGAAGGAGCUCAAUAUCCUUCUGGAGCAGCAGAUGACCUUGGAGAGGGUGGAAGUGAGGGAAAAAGUGGUCCGGUCUGAAAAGGUUCAAGUGGAGAAGGAUCCUGAGGCAGAGCUGGAGAUUCAGAGACUAAAGAGGAGCAUGGAAGAGGAGAAGCUGCGCCAGCGUGACUUGGAACAGCAGCUUAGCAAGCUCAACUCCAAGCUGUCUGAGAUGGACUUCAAUAACACUAAGUCAUCCAAAGAGCUAGAGUUCUUGCAGGAGGAAAACAACAGGCUGCAGCAGGAGAUCCAGCGUCUGCAGACAGAGAUCAGGCGAGUGCAGUCAGAGAUCCAGAUCACUGUGAAGGAGACCAAGCACAUCACAGAGUCUACUCCAAUUGAGAGUGGAGGAAAGAACCUUGAGCUGCGGCUGACUUCCCUCCAGAGGGAGCUUUCUGACCUGAAGAAUGUCACCAGGGAGAAAGACAGGGAAAUUGAGAAACUGCAGAAGAACCUGUCUGCUGCACAGAUGAAGCAAGAGCAGCGAGAAAGCCACAUGCGCCGCUCCAUUGUUGUCAUUGACCCUGACACAGGCAGGGAGAUGAGGCCUGAAGAGGCCUACAAGCUAGGACUCAUUGAAUGGAAAAUGUACGUCAACCUGCAGAGUCAGGAGUGUGACUGGGAGGAGGUCACAGUCAAGGGCUCCAAGGGCGAGUCAAUGGUCCUUCUUGACCGAAAAUCAGGGAUGAAGUUCUCGAUUGAUGACGCGCUGCGGUCAGGCUACAUCACAAAGCGUCAGCUGCAACAGUACCAAAACAAGGAGCUAAGUAUCCAAGAGUUCGGCAUAAUGGUGUCUGGCAGAAGCAAAUAAUCAUCAGCAGAAUUUUAUUUACCCUGAGUUAAUUCAAUGUAAUGCAUUAACCCUUCAUAUGUUUCAAUAUACAUUGUUUUACUGUUUAUUGCAGUCUUUUGCCGCUCAAUUUUUUCAGAUAAUUACACAAGUUGAGUUGAAUUUAUAAACAUGGGGUGUGGUCUAAUAAAUUUGAAGCGUGUUCCUUUUUUAAUCUGAGUGCACUUUAAGCUCCAUACCUUCUCUGUGUUCCCAUUUAAUAUGGAUGUCUGGGUUUCCUGGAAAGCUAAAAUAUGUGCUUUCAUUAUUAUUGCGAAUGUGGGAAUUUCCUGUACUUUCUCAACAUGCUCUGUACUAUAUGUAAGAAUGUACUUGAAAUAUGAAUCAGUGUAAUAAAUGUCUCUGAGAAAAGAA